AAAAUCAGCUUCAUGGAUACUUCCGAUCACAAGCCCCUUAUCGACCGCUUCGAAACGGAAUUCGCUGAAAAAUCGUCACUGCUUCGCAAAGAAGAAAGCGAGCUUAAGCGGCCGGAUCUCAGAGGCGAUUUCCUCUGCUUGUCCUGCGGCCAAAACUUCAAGCACGGCGCUUCUCUCAACCGCCAUCGUAAACUGGUGCAUAGCGACGAGUACACCUGCAUGCUGUGCGCCCGUAAGCUCUACCUGAAGGAGACCGUCCGUGAUCACAUGAGAAAUGAGCACUACUUGGGUCAAGUAUACACCUGCGGAUGCUGUAACUGGACGUUUUCCAACAAAAAAGCCCUCACCGAACACGCAAAGGCCAUACAGGAAACCGGAGCUCCAGGAGACGCCAACCCGAUUGCGAAAUCCGGCAAUUCACCGGGAUCACUGCUGAAAUCGCCAAUUCAAAGAGCCGGCUUCAAGCUUAAUCGUCUUUUGAACAAGUCUCUGUCGCCGUCGACUUCCAAUUCAACAACGUCCUCAUCUUCCCGCGACGCUUCAGGAUCGCCCCAACCGGAGCUGGAGCUGAAGCUGGAGCCAGAGCCAGAGCCAGAGCCCAAUGAAGAAGCUCUCGAGUACAAAAGAUUCUUCAACAAUGCAGUCGACACAAUUCUACAGAGAAAUUUUUUCACCGAUCAGCAGAUCACUGAAGUCGACACAUGGGUCAUAAUCAUCGAAAGUGCGAAUGCUCUUGCGACGGCGCUUCAGAGCUACAAGAAAGCUCAGCAGAUCCAGCCAGCCGAGCCAGCCAUGAUCCCAGAAAAGCGCAUCAAGCCGGAAAUUGAGUAAUCGUUGAUGUUCGAGUGUCUUCAUUAUGUUUAUAGUUCUACCUCACUGCUCACUUUUUGAUUUUCAUGUUAUGUUAAUUUACAUUUUCAAUUUUCGAUAAGCUUUAAUACAUUAUUUUGAUUAAA